AUGAAUUGGACUGGAGGCAGUCUGCAGCGCACCAAACACGCUAACAAAGGCGUUGUGCAGAAGCAGAAGGCCUACUUCGCGCGCUCACGAACACAGCUCCAGAACGGCUUACGCUCACCUGUCGCACCCUUCCGUCCAAGUUAUCUUCGUAAAGAUGACGACCACGAGUCGGGUGAACGGAUACGGUCAUUCCAUCCAGGCUCCACACGUCAUACUAGUCACACAACCAGACAGCGACAUGGAGGGACAGGACGAGGGACCUCACCGCUAGACAGAACACGUUGCCACGAAGACGAGGUAGGCCACGCGUAUCAAGUGGCUUCAAAUGGUGUGUCACGACAUACUAUUUUAGGUCUGGGUUCAUCAGGAAGUGCCGUGAGAGAGAAACCGGACCAAAAGCGGAAAGCUGACGACGCAAACAUUGAGGCGCAGUUGCUUGAAGCCAACAAAAAAAGACUUCUCAGACAGCAGGAUUGGGUUGGUAUCGCACCUUCGAAACCAGCAGAUCUACGCUAUAGGCCGAGCAAAGAGACGGACAGGAUUGGCAAACGUAGAAAGAUUCAUGGAAGACAUCGUGCGUCCGCUCGCCGAAGGAGUAAUAUGGAACUCGCAGACCAAUUACUCCAACCUACAAACGAUGAUUAUGCAUACAUGAGCGGCGCACUUCCCAUUGACGCAGCAGAAAUCAGAAUCCGAGUUGGUACAGACGCGUUGACAACCGCUUACUCGACCCAGCCUGAUGACUGUGUUCAGUCACAGACAUCAUCGGACCCCAUGCUAUUCGAGCAGGCAUCAUCAGAUUUUAUGCUGCUCGAUCCCGAAGUCCCCGACGCAACACGGCGAAAGGAGCCGCAUGACCUGAAACCUGCCACUUUGGAACCUUGCACGUCAAUUGAAGAGUUUCGUCCAAUUGAUAACCACGAACACCAACUCGCCAACGAACAUACCCAGCCAUUCGACGGUGACAUGCGGCGAGCAUUGCAAGAACCUGGCGCGAAAGGCAGAAGUGACUCUGAUCCGGCGCAGCUGGCGUAUGUGGGUCACUACGCACUCGCUGUGGAGUCAAAAGAUAGAGAAAGUGAGGCGUCUGCUCCUGAUUUCCAGAUUACGCAUUCCGUGGCAGGGGUCAGACGCCCACUGCGGCUACUCUUUGGAGAACCCAGUUCAUCUAAAGGUCCCCAUGACUGUACGACGUCGCAGCAUGAUGGUAUCGGUGAAGGAAAGCAUGCUCUUGAAGCUGACACUGUAGGCUUAUCCAAAACGGGACACAUGGAUCAGGCCAGCAGCAAUAACAUGCCACAAAUUGUCGACAAAACUUUGACUAUCGGCGAUGAGGAACCAUGGAAACCAUACAUUGCCUUCCCAGAUGAGAGUUCAAGUUACUCAACAGCAGCGCAAGACCUCGAAACGAGCUUGAUGCAUUCCUACUCCACUGCGCGAAAUAACGAAGCCGAGUUUGUGGACUGGUCACAGCAUGCCACGCAGGGGAAUUACACGCACGUCCACUCAAUGUCCGCCUCUUCGCCUUCUUUUAUGCGGCCUAGCGAAAAGUUGCCUGUUUGCCCGGCCUCACCACGCAAUAUAGACAAGGAUGAUAGGAUAUGGCAGAAUUUCGUGUUUGGGAGCGACGAGGACUCUGAAUUGGAGACAAUAAGCGAUUGCAACGGAGUUAGCGAGCAGAGGACGUUGAAGGUCUUUCGCGGGUCCUCACAUCUAUCCCUGUCUGUCAGCUCCACUUCUACACCGUUCAGAGCAGGAUUAGGAAUGGUUUCUUGCAUAAGCGACAACUUACAGGACGUAGCAAACUAUCCGCCACUUCCAGGGUCCCCGUCGAUCGCCCCACGUUUCGAUGGAUUUGUCGAGGAGUUUCACCAUGGGGAACAAGGCAACGACACGACCUCUGGCGAGCAGUCGGUCACUCAUGCAUCUCUGCAAAACAACGCGUCGUUCAAUACUGAUUCCAUCUCACCGAUGAUGUUCAGCGAUGCAACAACGUCCCGCAGCAGUCAAAACCAAUUUGGUCGCAUUUCGGAUGGAUACUCCGGGCGAGCCACAGCAGGUAAUAGUGAAUUGGGGCGAAUUCAGCAAUCGUCGAUGGCCUAUGAAAUGCCUUUCAGCAGCGAUAACGCCCUUCAUCUCAUUGAUCCUGACAGCUUAGUGUAA